UAGGGCGGAAGUGGGUCCAUUUUUUUCCUCAAUCGGAUAAGAGCGGCUCGAGGAGCUGCAGCCAGAGCAACGCGCAGCCACGAGAGCGCCCACCUUAUGUUAACAUAAAUGUUAAUUCACCGAGAGUAAACAACGCCAACAACAACGAAGAAAGGAACGCAAUUCAGGUCCAUACGGUCGUUGGACCGAGUUUUUCCCAGUUGUAGGGCACCAUUUUCCACGCUGCGCAUUCCUCCAUGCAGAGAGCCAGAGAGGAAGGGAGAGCACCGACAGACUGAACGGGCAACGAGAGCUGGAAGCGGCCUCUUUACAAGGUGGACCGGUGAAUUCACCCACAAAGGCUCGCGAUAGACGUCCUGUCUGUUGUUUUGGACGUGUCGAAGUCUCCCUGUGUUUGUUUUGAUGACCAAAGGCACACUAUGAGACCGUUGCUUUGAUGAAUUAUUUACGGUCUCGUUCCGAGGCUCGCGUUGCGACUACCAACCCAACGUUGGCUGCGCCCGACGCCGCCUGAAUGGGCCCAGAUGGUGGACUAGAGAGAAAAUCCACCACGGGCCUUAAUUGGAGCGCAGAAAAAAAACCGUGAAAAAUUAUAAAUACUUCGAUACUCGUCUGGGUGCUGUUUCGUAGCGCAGAGCUACGGAAUGAUGUUGCUGAGUCGGUGGGGGAGGAGAGACGGAGCCCCCAGUACUUCCACGCUAAUCCAGUGUCACUCCAGUUUCGGGUUUAUUUUAUGAGCCUCAACGAAGCACCAUCGGACACUUUUUCUCGCUCAUUGUAAUCUUGCUGGUCUUAUUCGAUAGUGUGACGCGGAUGCUUCACUCACGCCUUACACAACUGAAUUGAUAUGAUCUUAACAGCCUUAGUGUUUUUCUUUUUGUUACCUCAGAACAAUCUUUGAAGAACUGCCUAGCUCCUUGUUCUGCAUCAGGUCAGAGUUAUACAAUACAGAGACAAAUCAGUAAGUCGAUGAGCACCGAUUUCACUGUUGAACUUACUUUAAUAGGCUACCUCAUGAAUCUACCUCAAAUACAACUUAAUUUUCUACACAACACAACGGGCCGAUGUGUCCCCAAAUAAAUACCUCAACCUCAUCGCUGCGCAUGUUGUAAACUGAGUCUGUAUUUCGGUAAUGCUGCAGAUGGCUUCGUUCCCAGACACGGACCUGCAGACCUGCCCGCUCUGCAAGGAGCUGUGCGGCUCCUCUGCUCCUAUUUCUUCUAGCUCUUCUACCUCUUCAUCUUCCUCACAUACCUCAUCCUCCUCCAGCCAGACCAACAGGAGGCUCCACGUCCUGCCCUGCCUCCAUGCCUUCUGCAGGCAGUGCCUAGAGGGCCAGCGCAGUCCAGGGGACCCGCUGAAGCUCCGGUGCCCCACCUGUGACCAGAAGGUGUGUAUCUCUGAGGCUGGAGUGGACUCCCUGCCUUCUUCCAACUUCCUCUUCAGCAAUCUGCUGGACGUGGUGGUGAGCUCUGAGGAGCAGAUUCAGAACAAGAAUGGCGGCCACCACCACCACCCCCGGGGAGGCUUAGGUGGAGGCUCCUCUGGCUUCCAUCACCCUAAUCAUGGAGGCCUGCUGCACCCUAACCACCUGGGAGAGCCUCAGUGCAGUUCCUGCGACGAGGAGAACCCAGCCACCUCCCACUGCCUUGACUGCCAGGAGUAUCUGUGUGACAACUGUGUGCGGGCACACCAGAGGGUGCGGCUGACCAAGGACCACUUCAUCGAGCGCCUGGGAGAGAACUUCCACCUGGGCCGAAACAAUGUCAACAACAAGCCGGGCCAGCCGGGGGUAUCGGUGUCUCUCGCCCAGUCCUUGCAGAACAACUUUGCCCUGCUGUCCCUGUUCCAGGACCACAUGAGCUUCUGCCAACACCAUGACAAUGAGGUGUUUCUGUUCUUCUGUGAAUCCUGCUCGGUGCCUAUCUGUAGGGAGUGCAGUGUUGGCCGUCAUAUGGGCCACACCUUUAUUUAUCUACAAGAUGCUGUACAGGACUGCAGGGCCAUCACCAUCCAGCUGCUGGCAGAUGCCCAGCAGGGACGUCAGGCUGUGCAGCUAAGCAUGGAGAAGGUCCAGGCCAUGGCAGAGCAGGUGGAGAUCAAAGCCAAGGUGGUGCAGACGGAAGUAAAGGCCCUUGUGCUCAAACACAAGAAAGCACUGGAGGAGAGGGAGUGUGAACUACUGUGGAAGGUAGAGAAAAUCCGUCAGGUGAAGGCUAAGUCUCUGUACCUGCAGGUGGAGAAACUGCACCAGAGUCUGACCAAGUUGGACAGCACCAUCGCGGCCGUCAGCCAGGUGCUGGAUGAGGGCCGCCACCUUGAUGUGCUGCUGGCCAGAGAGCGAAUGCUCACCCAGAUCCAUGAACUCAAGGCUUUGAGGAGCCUGCUGCAGGCGCAAGAGGAUGACCGCUUCAUGUUCACUCCUCCAGACCAGGCUCUAUACAUAGCUAUCCAGUCAAUGGGCCUUAUCAGCAGUGGAGCCUUUGCCCCAGUCACCAAAGCCCAUGGUGAGGGUCUGAAAAGUGCACUACGUGGCAAGCCUGCAUCCUUCACUGUGAUUGGAUACGACCAUGAUGGCGAGCCACGUCUUUCCGGCGGGGACACGGUGUCUGCAAUAGUCAUGUCAGUCCCAGACGGUAACCUGUCUGCAGCAGAGGUACAGGACCACCAGAAUGGCUCCUACAGCGUCAGCUACCUGCCUAAAACUGAGGGGGAGCACCUUGUGUCGGUGUUGGUGUGUAACCAGCACAUCCAGGGCAGCCCCUUCAAGGUGAUCGUGAAGUCAGGGAGGAGCUAUGGCUCCCUGGGCUCCCAGGUUUCUUCCUUCGGGUGCGAGGGGGAGGGAGAUGGUCAGCUGUGUCGUCCCUGGGGCAUCAGCGUGGACAAGGAGGGAUACGUGGUGGUGGCCGAUCGCAGCAACAACCGCAUACAGAUAUUCAAGCCUUGCGGUGCCUUCCACCAUAAGUUUGGCUCUCUGGGUUCUCGGCCUGGUCAGUUUGAUCGUCCAGCGGGGGUUGCAUGUGACAGUCAGAGACGAAUCAUUGUGGCUGAUAAAGACAAUCACCGUGUGCAGGUGUUUACUUUUGAGGGCCAGUUCCUGCUGAAGUUUGGGGAAAAGGGUACUAAGAAUGGGCAGUUUAACUAUCCCUGGGAUGUGGCUGUCAACUCUGAGGGUAAGAUCCUGGUCUCAGACACUAGGAACCACCGUGUGCAGCUCUUCGCCCCUGACGGCUCUUUCCUCAACAAGUAUGGCUUUGAAGGGGCCCUAUGGAAACACUUUGACUCUCCCAGAGGAGUGGCCUUUAAUCACGAAGACCACCUGGUGGUGACCGACUUCAACAACCACAGGCUCCUUGUCAUCCGACCGGACUGCCAGUCAGCUCGCUUUCUGGGCUCUGAGGGCACCGGGAACGGUCAGUUUCUGCGGCCCCAGGGCGUCGCUGUGGACCAGGAGAACCGAAUCAUCGUGGCCGACUCCCGCAACCACCGAGUCCAAGUGUUUGAGCCCAAUGGAAACUUCUUAUGCAAAUUUGGCACACAGGGGAGUAGCUUUGGACACAUGGAUCGCCCCUCCGGUGUGGCUGUGACGCCUGACGGAGUCAUUGUGGUGGUUGACUUUGGAAAUAAUCGCAUCCUCAAGUUCUAACAAAGUUUAUCUUUGCAUCCUCUCUCUCUGUUUGCCCUUUUGCAGUUUUGUUGAUGAAGGAAAUGGAGGCGAGAGAAUGAAAUCAACAGACACAACAGGAGGCAAGCUCAGAGAGGAUUGAGAGCAUGCUGAAGUGAAGGGAAAUUAAAACUAUAGCUCUUUUUUUCAGUUACAUUACUAUAUUCCCAAUGAGAUAUCUGUGGUAUGUAUGACAAAGGGGACCUCUACAAAUUGAUAAUCAGUAGAACAAGCCAUAUUUUCCUUCCUCUGUCUCAGCUGCUCUGAAUUCUCUCUGUGAGCUCUCCUUAAUAUCCAUCUCAGGGAUUUUUUCACUUUUCUUGAAAUCUUGUACCCUCUGCUCCAUACCUACCUCAUUUAGCUCUUUAUGAAUGUACUCAUAGUCACUGAGCAGAGGUUUUAGUCCGUGAAGUUUUACAAAGCAGAAAAGCCUACCUCUAUACUUUAUUUAAGAGAAUAGACUAUUCAGUUGAUAUUUGCACAGGAUUAAAUGAAUUCUUGCUGUGCAUUUUGAAAUAUGAGUUAAAGUGAACCUCCUGAAUGUUGUUGCUGAGACAAUACUCAGACCGCUGUAGAGGCUGCGUGAUUUAUUCUCAUUAGAGGGCUUUGCUCGGAGAGGAAACUAGGGUACAGUAGUGUCGUUUUUCGUGAUUUUAGGCUAGUUAGUUUUUCUCUUAUGCAUCGACCCAUGUCUCUUUGGGGCUCUGUGAAGUUUGUCGUGUCAUGAUAGCCUCAGCAGAGUGUGCGAAGCGAUGCCAAAAUAGAUAGAAUCAAAAUAAGUUCAGAUCACGUUAGGACUGAUUUAAAAUUGUCAGUACUUUUCAGGCUCUCUCCCUCUAGCUUUACUGGCUAAUGCUAAAUUGAUGAAUUUAUUGACAAAUAUUGAAAUCAUCUCCAUAAUAAUCCCUGAAAUAAGUUAUAACUAAGUUGCCCUGUGAGAAAAAAUAAUCCAACGUGUUUGAUCAUGCUUACACCCCACGCCCCCAAUCUGCGCUCAUAAAACCGGAUGAACUCAUGUCUUUGAGCAAAUAAGAGAACCUGUUUCGUUACUAUCCAGUCAGUUGCGUAAACAACUAAGAUGCAAAGACAAGUAUGCAAGGAGAGCAAUGUCUCCUCUAAAAGGGAGGACCCACCAAAGGAUUUUGGUGAUGAAUUUUCCGAGAUCUAGAGCGAUCUUAGCGCAGAGAUUUAAUAAUUUAAUUGAAUGACACCUUUUUGAUGAGGCAUGCUGUGUGACAAAAGCCUCACGGGUAGACACCUAAUAUGGCUGUCCAGAGGACGUUGAUGACAUCAAAUAAAGGCCUAACAUUAUAAUCCUUUGGAUUUAGAUUGUGGUUGAAAGCCACCCCCCUUGGCUCCUGGGGCCAAGGAUUUAGUCCAAUGAGAGGGCGAGAUCACAAAGCCCUGCCCUAUUUAUUGAUCCUCGGAGUGGAGGAGACAUCUCCAGAUUGAGAGCUAGUAGACCGAUUCCUCUAAAGAUGGAGGUCUGUAGACCAACUACUGGAGUCAACCAAAGUUAGAAUUUCUGCACAAUGGCCAACUGUAGAUUUGGCGAUUUUAAAGAAACCUGGG